UAGCCUAAGCAAUGAAUGAAGGCAAUGCCUUCCCUUCCUUCCCCUGCUGUGCUGCACUAUUUGUAAUUGCAAUAUUUACUGCAAAUUUCUAUUUCCUGCAUUCUUAUUGGGAUAUUUCCAACAAUUAAUACAUUUCCUGGCCUCAAUUUACACUCUUCUUCUACCCAAAUACUUCAAUUCAAUCCAAUUCAAUUUAAUUCCUAUCACUCUUUCUCUCUCUCUAAACAAUUCUCUCUCAUCCUAUACCCUCCACCUCUCCCCCAUAAUUUAAUUAAGCAUUAAAGCAAAUCCAUCUUCCUCUCCCUCCCCUACACAUCCCUUUGUGUAUAUAUAUAUAUGGUGUUUUGAGGUCCAUACACCACCUCUCCCCAACGACUAUGUUUUUGUUCCCUCAUCUUUUCCUGGUUUUUGCCUAACCCAACUUUCUCCCAACCCCAAAAACAAGUUAUCCAAUAUUCCAAUCCUCCUUCUCCCUUUCCACAAGCCCUCUUGACAAUUGUAAGCCAUGAGCAGGCGAAACGGAGGCGGUCCGAAGCUUGACCUAAAGCUGAACCUGUCACCACCGAGGGCUAAUCAGCAACUGGCAGAGUCACCACGAAGAUCGGCAACUGUUUCACCAACGUCACCGCCAAGCUCAUGCGUGUCAUCGGAGCUGAAUCAGGAUGACAAUUUCAGCCCGGAGACCACUUCCAUGGUGCUAGUCGGAUGCCCUAGGUGCCUCAUGUAUGUGAUGCUCUCGGAGGACGACCCUAAAUGCCCUAAAUGCAAGAGCACUGUUUUGCUAGACUUUCUUCAUGACACCACCACCACCACCACCCCAACCUCAAGGACAAGGAGGAACUAAAAAAAAAGUGCUAAAAGAGCUAAGUGCUAGAGUAGUCUAUCCCUUUUUUACCUUCUGGGGGCAGCGCUAUUGGCGCUCCAUUUCAACUACUUUUUUCGCUAUUUAAAAAUAACGGAAAAUAUUUAACCUAAACAAGGCUCAAUUCAUUCUCAGUUAAUUGGGUUGAGCCUUGUUAACCAGAUAUCUGAAAAUGAGUGGAGCGAGAAUAUCACUACCUUUUUGGUUUUAUUUUUUUAUUUACCUUGCUAAUCUUAGAAAUUAGGUUAUGGAUGAUGGGCAAUUGGGCUUGCACCAUGGGGUUUGGUAGGUGGGGUGAAAGGUGUUUGUUUCUGCUUUUGUUAACCCUUUAGCAGAAAGACAAUGACGUAAAACGGUUUAACUGUAACUGCCCAACAUUUUCAUAUGAGAAAAAAUGUCAGGUCAUAUUUGUCUUUGCCUUUUC